GCUUCUUCUCUCUUCUCCGGCAGAGUCCGGCGAUGCGACUAGGACUGGCGAAGAAGAAGCAUCAUAUCCUUCCGCUUGUACUUCUACAGGCAGUUGCACUACAAGUGUUCUCCUUCAUACAAGGCGACUCACUACACCCCCGGUACAUACUAUACCAGGGUCAAGGGAGGAAUUGAUUCAUGGGGAACAUCAUCGACUCUCUGGUUUCAGGCUUCACCAAAGUCCUCGCUGACAUCCUCUCCAAGCCACUCGAUUUCCUCUCCGGCAAGACUUGCAGCUCCGCCUGCGGCUCGACAUGGGACGUCGUCUGCUACGUCGAGAACUUCUGCGUCGCCAGCCUCGCAAAGAUGGCCGCCAUGCUCUUCCUCCUCUACCUAGAUACAAACGCAGUCUUGGUGUUCUUCUACCUUGUUUACAAGCUGGGCAUAUGCCGCUGCGUCUGCCAUGGGGUCUGCACAAUCGUCUGGUCCUGCAUCUCCUGCUCCUUCUCGGCGUGCAAGAACGGCUGCGCAAUCGCCUGUGUCAAAAUGAGGGAUGUCAGACGCGCACGGCGCAAAAGGAGGAGACGCUCGCACGGCGACAUCGAAGAGAACUCAUACUUGAGUUCAAGCGACAGUGAGUCAGAGGAUUGCACUAGACACAGGACAGCGAGACGCGGUGAUAAGUCUGGGAGAUCAUUGUCACGGAGGUCAGGUGAUCGGAAGAGGGUUUAUCUGGAGAGGUCAUUGAGGACAAGGAACCAUCGGGUCACAGUCGGCAUCGGCCGGCGGAGUGACGUUGCGGAUGAGAAGGGGCAUGGGAUGGCCCUUCAGCGUCAUGGCGUAAAGGUCACUCGCACCUCGCGGUUUGCACACAAGGGUAGCUGUAGGAGAGCAGACCGUGCAAAGGAGUGGGAACAUUCUUAA